AUGCAGCUUCCGCCGUCAACCUGCCCAAUCAGCGAUUGGUCAGCAGAUCUGGCCGGCUGGCGCAAUGGUAGCGCAUCAGACUUCUAUCUCGUCCGCGACGUGUGGUUAUCUGGGGGUUGUGGGUUCGAGCCCCACUUACCCCUCGGUCUCUUGAACGCCGCCCAAGGGCACCCUAUGCUCGUCGAGCUGAAGAACGGCGAAACACUCAAUGGCCACCUGGUCAUGUGCGAUACCUGGAUGAACCUCACAUUGAAGGAGGUUGUUCAAACGAGUCCGGAAGGCGACAAGUUCGUCAAGAUACCCGAAGUCUACGUCAAAGGAAACAACAUCAAAUACCUACGAGUACCCGACGACAUCAUUGACGUUGUGAAGGAGAACCAACAGAACCAGCAAGGAGGAUUCCGCGGUGGCAGAGGUGGAUCGAGAGGAGACCAUGGCGGCCGCGGAGGUGACAGAGGUCGGGGCAGAGGCCAGGGCCGUGGAGGCAGAGGAAGAGGUAACCGUGGUGGUGGUGGUGGUGGUGGUGGUGGUGGGCAAUGA